CCCUCCACAGUUACGAACGAUCGCCGUAAACCGUUACGUUUCAAAAUUCUGAAAUACAAAAUCCCAUUGGCUCGACACACAUUGGUGGGGGUGUGGAGAGAAUGAAACGUUAAAAUGGCUACCUUUGUCCGUGUCGACCGUCUUACAAUUAUUAUUGUACGCCACGACAGAAACUGAAUUAUACUGAUAUCGUUUUUAUUAUUGUUGCGAGAUUUUUAUUUUGAAUUCUCUCCUAUCGCGGAUUUACGGAGGCAAACUUUAUUCUUUAGUGAAUAUAUAGGUGGUCGUCGUUCGAAAUAAUAAUUUAAAAUAUUAAACAAAGUUAAUUGUGUAGUGUGUACCAUCGGAUUUCAACAGUUAGAAGACUAAUAUGAGUUCCAUUUCCAACGUCGAAAACCUGUCACCGCAAACUAUCCGCAGACUAGUCAGGGAACAAGAAGAACUGAUAAAAGACCCGCCAGAAGGUAUACGGAUUGUCGUCAAUGAUUCUGAUGUCACCGAUAUCCAAGCAUUCAUCGACGGCCCCGCGGGUACACCAUAUGCGGGCGGUCGGUUUAAUGUGAAGUUGGUGUUGGGUAAAGAUUUUCCACACACACCACCAAAGGCAUAUUUCCUUACCAAAAUUUUCCAUCCCAACGUUGCAAGCAGCGGUGAAAUAUGUGUCAACACUUUGAAGAGGGAUUGGAAACAAGAUUUAGGAAUAAAACAUAUUCUUCUUACGAUUAAAUGUUUAUUAAUAGUACCAAAUGCAGAAUCCGCUUUAAAUGAAGAAGCUGGCAAACUUCUAUUAGAAGAAUAUGAUCAUUAUUUCCAAAGAGCACAAAUGAUAACAGAAAUUCAUGCACCGAUACCAAAGAGUAUGAAGAUAGGACGAGAAGAUGAUUCAAGUGAUGGUCCAUUAGCAAAAAAACAUGCUGGUAGUAAAACAUUAGAAAAGAAAAAAAUUUCUAAAGAUAAAAGGAAAACAUUAAAAAGACUUUAGAUUAUAAAUUAUUUAACUUGUAUUAUAUUGGGUGAAACUUCAUCAGACGUCGUCAUUGUAUUUUAUAUUAUAUUUUAUAGCUUCUUGAAUACCUACUAAACGACUAGAUUUUUCCAAUUAAAUUUGUGUGUCCUUUUUUUGUCGGUUGCUGUGUAAUAAAAUUAAGAUUCAAUUAUUAUGUGAAUUCAAACAAGUGUUACGCUUUUUCGAAAAUUUGUAACCUGUAUGUAUAUAAAAUAUUUAAUAGAUAAUUUAUUAUAAUUUAAAAUGUUCUAAAAAUUUAUAUAUUUUGUUCCUUAUCUACAAGAAUGUUACAAUAAAUAAAUAAAUUGAUAUAAAUA